UAUUAAUCGUAAAUUUAGAGCAUAAAAUGGAGUUUGUGAAGGAAAGAAAGGACAAGCAACGUCUGAUUGAUGGGUUACAGAGAUUAUGGCAUGAUCUCUAUGGUUGUGACGGCCUAACUCUCUCCCAAAUCACUCAGAUAAAGCAAGAAGCAAUUGCUGCAGGGGUUUGUCCCUCUCUGGACCAUUACUACCUCGACCGGGAAGAUCUUAUGAACUACGAUGUGAAGAGAUUCCUCAAACUGAUAGAAUUCUGGAGUGACAAAGGAGUCUUAAUGGACAAAGACCACCCUAUCAGAAAAAUAGCCAACGUCUUCCUAGCCUGUGUCGAGGCUAAUGGACUUGGCCUACAUUUCGUUGGAUUCAUGAGAACGAUAGAGCUUCUUGGAAGUGAAGAGCAGAAGAAGCUCUGGCUUCCUAGAGGGUAUACCCUACAAGCCGUAGGAUGCUAUUGUCAAACUGAAAUGGGCCAUGGAAGUGAUGUACAAAGUUUAGAGACAACAGCAACUUAUGACGUCACUGCUAAAGAGUUUGUCAUUCAUUCUCCCACUGUGACAUCUAUCAAGUUCUGGCCCGGAGGAUUAGGCAAGAUGUCUAAUCAUGCUGUUGUCCAAGCUCAAAUGUAUGUCAAGGAUGAGCACUGCGGCGUUCAAACAUUUAUUGUCCAGAUAAGAGAUAGAGAUCAUCUACCUCUUGAAGGUAUCCAUGUUGGCGAUAUUGGAAGUAAAUUCGGCUUCAAUGGAACAGACAAUGGAUUCAUCAGGUUUACCAAUGUGAGGAUCCCAAGAGAAAAUCUUCUCAAUAGAUAUUGCCAAGUCUCAGAAGAAGGAGUUUUCACCAAAAUGAGCGACUCUGCAAUCAGACUGUCCUAUGGAAAUAUGUUGUUCUUGAGAAUUAAGUUUUUCACAGAUAGAUCUUUCCAAUUCUCAAAGCUAGCCACAAUCGGCAUCAGAUAUUCUAUUGUAAGAAGGCAGUUCAAAGAUUCAGAUACAGGAGAAGAGAGGCAGAUUCUGGAUUAUCAGACCCAGCAGUAUAGGCUCUUUCCUCUAUUAGGAAUUAGCUAUGCUAUCAGGUUAGCUUCAACCGAGCUAUCAAAACUUUAUAAAACCUUUGAGACAGAAAAUGAGGAAGGAAAAGAGCCAUUCAAAUUACUCAAGGAUAUCCACACUUUAGCAUCAUGCUUGAAACCCCUCGCUACAUGGAGGAUGAGGAAAUUCGGAGAAUAUGUUAAACAAUGCUGAGGAGGACAUGGAUUCCUUAACGUCUCAGGAAUCCAUAGAAUAGUCAAAUCUGAAGAGGGUCUCGUCACUGCAGAAGGCACCAAUAUCGUGGUUGCUCAACAAACUGGAAAAAUCUUACUCCAAGGAGCUGCCAAGCUUAUGCAAGGUGAAAAAUUAACAGGAGUGACAUCAUUCUUAAAUGAUCAAUUUCUAAACCCUAAAAAGGCAUCUGAUUUUUCAUGUGUAAACCAAAGAAUUGUUGCUGCUUUCAACGCAAGAGUCUGCUUCCACCUCAGUUAUGCUAGUAAGAAAGUUCAAAGACUGAUGGGAGAAGGCCUCGAUAUGCAAACAAUCUGGAACGAAAAGGUUCAGCAAGACUUCAUCGAUAUCGCCAUGUACUUCGCAGAUGCAUAUUUACUCAAGACAGCUUUCAGAGAACUUGAAGAUAACAAAUUUGUGACUGAUGAGACUAAACCAUCAGUAGAGAAGUGUCUACAGGUGUACGCUAUUUACUGAAUCUUAGAGGAACUGCCAUCAUUCUCAGUGACUCAGUUCUUCACAUCCAAUGAAGUCGAGAGCCUCAGGGAAACCUUUGCAGAAGCUCUCAGGUUUAUUAGAGAGAAUGCGCUCGCAAUAGUUGAUGGCUUUGGGUAUUUAGACGAAGAAUUAUGCAGUGUUUUAGGAUCAUAUGACGGAGAUGUGUAUACUAAACUAAUCGGAGUUGUGAGAAAAAAUCCCUUGAACAAAUCUAAUGUUCUUCCUGGAUACUUCGAGCAUAUCAAAACCUUAAGAUCCAAAAUUUAACUUCAAUGUGAGGGUUUAAUCAGUUCAAUAUUUUUUA